CAGGGGACGUGCAAACGUGCACUCUCCUACCGGCGCCAGUCCUUCCCCCGCUUUCUUCCUCCCUCUGGAUCGGUAUCCGCGGUAUGGCCGACCAUCUGCUGCGUGAUGAGAAUCAGGAGAAUGUUCAACCCCGAAAACCCCUUGCCCCCGUGGGCGGGCGCACCGUGCUGGGGGUGCUGCAGGAAAACCACAGAGGCCGACAGACCCUAAAAGCGAGCAAGCCGGCCCUCCAGCAGGCUCAGGCUUUGUCUGUAAAUCACUUGGGCGUAAAUGAUGAGAAUUAUGGCAAGGUACCGGCUGGAAAAGCAGCCAGCAAACAGCCUACUUUUACAAUCCAUGUGGAUGAGCCAGACUGUACAAAUAACAGAAGAAAGCCUGUUCAUAAAAAGACCGUUCAAGAUGAAAAUCUACGACAACUCAAUUCAGUUCUGGGUUCCAUUGGAACAAGAAAACCAUUGGAACCUAUCCACAUAGCAAUGGAAACUAGCUUUGGUUCUCCUAUGGAUGUGUCGCUUGUGGAUGAAGAACAAAAAGUAGUCGGUUGUAGUAAUGUUCCUGAUUAUGCUAAAGAGAUUCACACAUACCUGCGAGAAAUGGAGGUGAAGUGUAAACCAAAGUCUGGGUACAUGCAAAAACAACCGGACAUAACAGGCAACAUGAGAGCUAUUCUUGUUGACUGGCUUGUUGAAGUUGGUGAGGAGUAUAAGCUGCAAAACGAAACCCUGUACCUUGCUGUAAACUAUAUAGAUAGGUUUCUUUCAUCUAUGUCCGUAUUGAGAGGCAAGCUCCAGCUGGUUGGAACCGCUGCAAUGCUUUUAGCAUCAAAGUUCGAAGAAAUCUAUCCUCCUGAAGUGGCAGAGUUUGUUUACAUUACUGAUGAUACAUACACAAAGAAACAGGUUCUCAAGAUGGAACACUUGGUGCUGAAAGUUCUGUCGUUUGACCUUGCUGCUCCAACAAUCUUACAGUACCUCAAUCAGUACUUCCAAAUACAACCAGUCUCUCCAAAAGUGGAAAGCCUAAGCAUGUUCUUGGGAGAGCUCAGCUUGGUUGAUGCUGAUCCUUUCCUGCGGUAUCUGCCAUCUGUUGUUGCUGCAGCAGCAUUUGUCAUUGCCAACUACACAGUUAAUGAGAGAACUUGGUCGGAUUCUUUGGUGCAGUACACAGGGUACGCUCUUGAAACACUUAAACCCUGUAUUUUGGACCUAUACCAGACCUACCUCUCUGCUGCAAGUCACCAACAGCAAGCUGUGCGAGAGAAGUACAAAACUCAGAAGAAUCACUGUGUAUCUCUUAUUGAUCCUCCAGAAUCGUUGUCUAUAUUUUUAUAAACUCAAGGGAUGGACUUUGAAGAUGUAUAUUGAUAAAAGCACAUGAUGUACAGUUAACUUUUUUUAUGAUAUAGACUUUGAUUUUAUAUUGCAAUCUUCAAUGUGAGGAUUGGAGCGACAGAAUUAUGAAGCAAAGUCACUUGUUUUUAUUUUUACUUUAUUUUAUAAGGUUUUAAAUUUUGUAAAUUUUUAUGUAUGUUAAAUCUUGUUAGAUAUAUUGGCUCUUUAAAAAGCUGUUGUGCGCAGAUUGAAUUAACCAGGCAGUUAGCAUAUUUUACCUAUUGAUCAUUGUUUGACAAUAAAUGUUAACUAAACAGCA